AUGGACGGCCCCGAUGGCGCGACCUCACCGACACCGGCAUUUCUACCUCGAUCCCAUAACCAGAUUGCUGAUACAUUUUCAGCACUCAACCAAUCUGGACUGCAGUUCAACCUCGACAAAGUCAUGUCUGCCGUGCUACAACCCCUCCAGUGGUUCUACCGUGAAUUCGGCCUUGCCUCUAUCCACGCCACCGGCCGCGAUGCCUACUUUAUCAUACUGGCCCGGACGUGCCGCAUGUUUGCCUAUGGCACGAACGCCCUGAUAUUAGCCAUAUUCUUCUCUGCUUUGGGGGUGUCCGAUCACCAGAUCGGGCUGUUUAUGUCUCUCACGCUCGUCGGCGAUGUAUUUCUAGGGACCUUUCUGUCGCUCAUCGCAGACCGCGUCGGUAGACGCAGGGUCCUGAUCGGCGGAUCAGUUCUCAUGAUCUUCAGCGGCACCAUUUUCGCCGUGUUUGAGAACUUUUGGAUCUUGUUGUUUGGUGCCAUCGUUGGUGUUAUCAGCAUCACUGGGGGUGACUUUGGCCCCUUCAGAAGCAUAGAAGAAUCUAUGUUGUCUCAGCUCACGACGCCUGCGACAAGGGCAGAUGUCUUGUCCUGGCACGUCAGUACACCACUCUUGGGCUCCUCAAUUGGAAGUGAAGUAUCCGGACGGGUACUUCGUUAUCUUCAGAGUAAGGAUGGAUGGUCAGAGAUUGAUGCAUACCAUGCCCUCUUCUGGAUAUACGCAGCCAUGGGCUUGGUGAACCUAGCACUGGUGCUGCCUUUGACAGAUGCCUGUGAGCUCCAACCGUCAAAGGAAGCUUACACACAGGUUCCGCAAGACGACACGGCCAAUCUUGAUGUCGAUGAACCGGCGGACCUGUCCGAACAGAUCACCGCGCCCCAGCCAGACUCGAGCCGGUUCAUGCGGGCUCUGUCGUGGCUCUACAGUCGCCUGGCUCAGAUAUCGGCCCCAACCCGAUCUGUCAUGUAUAAGCUGUGGUUUCUGCUAGCAGUCGACUCACUUGCCGAUGGAAUGGUCCCAUGGUCCCUCACGAACUACUACUUGGAUGUCAAAUUUCAUCCGGCCAAAUCAACACUUGGCGACAUAACGUCUGUCUGUUAUCUUCUGGGUGCAGCGGCAGCUACGUUUGCAGGACCCCUUGCGCGGAAGAUUGGGUUGAUCAACACCAUGGUCUUCACGCACAUCCCAUCUUCAGCAGCCGUGCUGGUCUUCCCCUUUCCUCCAUAUCUAUGGAUGGCAGCAACGCUGCUGCUGAUCAGGUCUGGUCUUAAUAACAUGGACCAAGCGCCCCGUGCGGCGUUCAUUGCCGCUGUGGUUAAACCCGAGGAACGAACGGCCGUGAUGGGCAUCACCAGCACGGUUAGGACCCUUGCAGCCAUGAUGGGCCCUACGGUCACCGGCCUUCUUGCCGCGAGCGAACGCUUCUGGAUCGCGUUCGUCGUGGCGGGUAUAUGCCGUUUGUGCUAUGACUUCGGCUUGUACGCUCUCUUCGUGAACAUGAAGCUCCACGAACACGAGAGCACGACCGUUGAUCAGCCGGAUACUGGCAGUGAAAGACGUCCAGCCGACGAGGAGAUGGAACUGCAGAGUAUAGCUGAAUCCGACAGCUCUGGUGCAGGCAGUAAGGCUGUCGAGCCGCCCAUUGUCGCAGCAUCGAACGGAAGCCUCAAACUUCCCGAGGGCAACUCAAGAGUUCGCAGUAGAAGUCCACGUCGCACGACUGACUUUGAUGAAUAA